ACCGGAAGCUUCACGCGCUGAGAAGUGGUUUGUGCUGCUGGUGCGCUGUUAUGGGUCGGAGAAGAGCGCCGGGUGGUGGGUCACUGGGCCGGGUACUUAUCCGGCAUCAGACUCAGCGAAGCCGCAGCCACCGUCAUACUGACUCCUGGCUACAUACGAGUGAACUCAAUGAUGGCUAUGACUGGGGUCGUCUGAAUCUUCAGUCAGUGACGGAACAGAGCUCCCUUGAGGACUUUCUUGCAACUGCAGAACUUGCGGGGACAGAGUUUGUGGCUGAGAAACUUAAUAUUAAGUUUGUGCUCCCUGAGGCUAGGACUGGACUGCUGUCUUUUGAGGAGAGCCAGAGAAUUAAGAAACUGCACGAAGAAAACAGACAGUUCUUGUGUAUACCAAGGAGACCAAAUUGGGACAGAAAAACUAGCCCAGAAGAGCUGAAACAAGCAGAGAAUGAUAACUUCCUAAAAUGGAGGCGCCAGCUUGUCCGACUAGAAGAGGAACAGAAGUUGAUACUGACCCCCUUUGAACGAAAUUUGGACUUCUGGCGCCAGCUCUGGAGGGUCAUUGAGAGAAGUGAUAUUGUGGUCCAGAUAGUAGAUGCUCGAAACCCACUCCUGUUUAGAUGUGAGGACUUGGAAUGUUACGUGAAAGAGAUAGACGCUGCCAAGGAGAACGUGAUUCUGAUAAACAAGGCAGACUUGCUGACUGCUGAGCAGCGGUUUGCCUGGGCCGAGUACUUUGAAAAAGAAGGCGUGAAGGUUAUCUUCUGGUCAGCUCUGGCAGAAACUGCUCACCUAAAUGGUGACUCUAAGGACGAAGUAGACAGUGUUGCUGGAGAAGCCAACAGAACUGAGUCUGAAAACUCUAGUUUGGAUGAGAAUGAAAUUCCACACAGACACUUGUUCUUGCCUAGUGAGGAGUCUGCAAGUGACAACGAUGACAGUGAGUAUGAGGACUGUCAGGAGGACGAGGAGGAAGAUUGGCAGACGUGUUCAGAAGAAGACAGCAUCCCUGAGGUGGAGAAGGAGCAGGAGGAGGAGGGCUGUGAUCAGGACUGGAAGGAACACUGUCCUGAGGAUUCUGAGGCUCAGAACAUAAAAAGAACAGAAAAUCAACAAAUGAACAAUGAUAGUCACCUGGUGUCAAAGCAGGAAUUACUGGAGCUCUUUAAGAAACUUCACACUGGGAAGAAGGUGAAAGAUGGACAGCUAACUGUGGGGCUGGUGGGCUACCCUAAUGUUGGUAAGAGCUCAACCAUCAACACCAUCAUGGGCAACAAGAAAGUAUCAGUGUCUGCCACUCCAGGCCACACCAAGCAUUUCCAGACCCUGUACGUGGAACCAGGCCUCUGCCUGUGUGACUGCCCGGGCCUGGUGAUGCCAUCUUUUGUGUCCACCAAAGCAGAGAUGAUUUGCAGUGGGAUCCUUCCUAUCGACCAGAUGAGAGAUCACGUUCCGCCCAUAUCACUAGUUUGUCAGAAUAUCCCACGGCGAGUCUUGGAAGCGACCUAUGGUAUUAACAUUAUAAAGCCUAGAGAAGAUGAAGACCCCUACCGACCUCCGACCUCAGAAGAACUGUUGACAGCUUAUGGAUGCAUGCGAGGAUUCAUGACAGCACAUGGGCAGCCUGACCAACCUCGGUCUGCACGUUACAUCCUAAAGGACUAUGUCAGAGGUAAACUACUGUAUUGCCACCCUCCUCCUGGAAAAGACCCCGUGGCAUUCCAGCACCAACACCAGCAACUGUCAGAGAGCAAAAUAAAAAGCGAAGGACUGAGACUUCAGCCCGGCAAAAACCAAAAAGCCAAACAGAUUGAAAAUGUAGUCGACAAAACUUUUUUCCAUCAGGAGAAUGUCAGAGCAUUGACCAAAGGGGUCCAGGCUGUUAUGGGUUACAAGCCCGGGAGUGGCCUGGUGACUGCGGCUGCUGCGAGCACUGAGAAUGUAUCUGGGAAGCCCUGGAAAAAACACGGUAACAGAAACAAAAAGGAGAAAAGCCGUAGGCUCUAUAGGCACCUGGAUGUGUGAACUUGGUGAACAGAGAUGGCAGCUGCACUGUGCAGGUGGGCAAGAAGUCAAGUCACUGCUGCUUGUGCUGCUUUCCAGACAGCUGCACUGUGGACGGGACCCUGCUCUCAUGGAGCACAGUCGCACAAGAAGUCUUGGCAUCAAGACAGCCUUCGGAAGCACCUGCUGUGACUAGUGUAGUCGAGGUGCCCAAGUCUCCUCCUGCAGAAGGAUGGUGGAUAUGUGUAUAACAUACAGAUGUACAUUAACUCUGAGGGUUUGGAACGUUAUUAAAAUUAAUUUGCACUAA